GAAGAUCACCCAUCACACAGAACACAGAGCCCACAGUCACACCAUAAUGACAUGAAGCCAGAGGCUAGCCAUGUAUGGAAAGGCUCAGCAACAGGUCUUGGAAGCCAGGUCUUAAAAACAAGUCAAAAGCUUUUUGGCUGCUGCUUCUUCUUCUGGUCAGAAACAUCUCAACAGAGAUGCUCCAAGUAUCUGUCAUGGCUACUUCUCCUGGGAACUGAACAUGUGUGACUCCGCCAGCUGAUGAUCACUCUCUUUACUACAAAUUUUCCUUCGUUGCUUAUUUCACUUUUGGACAGCAAUGGUGUGCAAUUCAAGGCCAGAUGAAUGAAAAGAAGUUCCUGGAUUGUGCCAAUGACAAGAUUCAACCCUGUAGUUUCCUGGGAAAGGAGAUAAAUUCCACCAGAACUUGGGUCAAACAGAUUGGAACACUGAAACACGUGAGGGAUGUUCUCAAGCAGAAACUGGCUGACAUUAAAUUAGGGAAUUCUACACUACCCCAUGGGCAAAGUAACCCUCUCUCCCUGCAGGGCAACAUGUUGUGUCAGAAGGAAGCCAAUGGGCACAUUCGUGGAUCCUGGAAGUUUGGCUUGGGUAAACAGACAGACCUCCUCUUCAGCUCAGUGAAGAACAAAUGGAAAACUAUUCAACCUAAAGACAAACCAAUGAAGAAAUUCUUGGAGUAUGGCAGCAAAUUAAAAACAUUCUUGCAGAAGGUCUCAAUGGGAGAUUGCAGGAGCUGGCUUGAGGAUUUCAUGGUGCACUGGAACAAAGAGCUGGAAGUCACAGGUAACUGAGGGAAAAGGCAGAUGUGAUAGUUGUUGUUGUUGUUUUAAUAUAAGGAGAGUAGAGGGAGGCAGAGAGGAGGGAAAGAGGGAGAGAAAAAAGAUUUUCAUUAUGUGGCACAUACAAAGCAUGCAAUCCCAGCUCCUAAGAAGCCUUUCUGUGGUCUGGGAGGUGGCACUAUGUAUAAAGCAUUGGACUCUCAAUCAUAAGUUCCUGGGUUUGAUCCCUGGCAGCACACGUACCAGAAUGAUGUCUGGUGUCCUCUCUCUCUCUCUCUCUGUCCCCUCCUAUCUUUCUCAUUAAUAAGUAAAUAAAAUCUUAGGGAAAAAAGGAGCCUUUUCUGCCACCAUCCUCAUUCAAAUAAAAAGAGUGAUCAUAUUAUAUGUGUCAUACCCUUAUCUGUCUGAGCAACUUGAGGACAGGGCAUCCCCUCUCCCCUGACAAUCAUGGGGCUGUCACAGAUCCUGUCCCAUAGUAGAAGGAAAAAUCAUGUCUGGAACUCAAGAAGGUGUCUCUUCAGAUUUGAGACCUGAACAAAGAAAGCUUAGUCACUGUUGUGUUCUAAUUGAAGCACCACCAGUAACAACCCCAAGUGGAGCCCAGUCCAACACCAUGACCAUCACACCCAUCACCUGGAUCCUCUCUUGCUCAG